CAUUCAACAUUGGUUGGCUGGCACAGCGACAGAGAGGACCCCCAGAAAGGAAAAAUGAUAAUACCAAAGUUGUAUUUCUUCUCCUCCUCCAUCAUUCCUUUUGAGAAGUGAGAAUGCAAAAGAGAGAGUGGUGAUGACUUUGACCUCACCUCUUCAUCCUAGAUUUCUCAUCGGUCUCCGAAUCUGAAUCAAAUUCCAAUUCAGUCUCGGAGGAUCUGCGACAAACCCCAUUUCAGUUCCAGGUCUAAUUCUGUUCAUUUUGCCCUUACUGAAAUCAGACGAAGUAAUUGUUAGUCUAUUUUUAGUAUUAUGUUGCCUGAACCCUGCGGGUGCGGGUCCAGCUUGCUUCUGUCUCUGCCGGACGAUCUACUUGCCAUAAUAUCCCGGUCCCUCUCUCCGAGGGACCUAUGUUUUCUCAGUUUAUGCUGCCGGAGUCUGUCUGCUCUCGUGGCCUCCGAAAAGGUCUGGCUCACCCAGUGUGAAAUGAUAGGCACCGUGCCCCGCAGAGACCUCAUUGAGUGGCGACUGGGUGUCUCUUCUUACAAGGCGCUUUGCCGCUUUCUCUUUUGCACUCAGCCAUUGAUUGGGAUUUGGGUUCAUCAAAACCCUGAGCUUGGCAACGUAGUCUACGUCAUGCCUGGUUUUCUUUCGGUCGUUGGAUGCCGGAUAAUCCCACAAGAGCUUGGUCCAUUAGGCAUUGAAGACGGCCCCAUCCUAUGGGCGCCAGUGUUUGAAGUUAUUGGCAAUUUUGAUGGCUCCACCGCAUUUUUUCUUCAUGGAAGGGAGAACGGACAUGACUAUGUCUAUCCUGGUUCAGUCAAGCCUGUCGAGAGGACUUGCAAUGUGCUAUUGCUUGAGGUUGGGGCUGAGCAACAAGAAAAUGAGUUUAAAUUAUUGCAUAGUAGGAGCUUUAUUCAGUAUUCGGAUAAGGACCUAAGAAAAGUUUGUAGGUCAAAUAGUGGAAUUUCAAUGUCUCAGAGAGUGCUUGGAAAGAAUGAGGUGACGGUGCCAUUCAGUCGACUAGCUUUUAGUGACAGAAGAAAGUUGCUGAGUAUUGUUACCAGCCAAAUUCGUCAAAAGCUUCCUCCUGAUUCAGCAAACGGGCCACUAUUUCCACGGUUAAGGGAUGACGAGGAGAAAUUUCAGAUUGAUAUGGUGCUCUUAAUGGAGCGGAGAUCACUGCUUAUGCAAAUGUGUAAGCUCGAUGGUCAUCAAAUUGAUUGGAAGGCAAGUCCUGAACUGCCCUCUGAUCCUAACCAGUUGGAAUUGAGCCAGAUCAGAAAGAGUCUUGAUCGUCCAAGUGCUUCUUGCAAUUCUAUUAAUGAUGAUGAUGAUGGCCACGCAAAAUGCACCAGGAAAAAAACUCUUGGUGGGUACCUUAGGGGCCUUAAACAGAUCAUGGGGAGGUCCAGCUCGAUAAUUGGCGGCGCUGCAAUUUCGAAGAAUGGUUCUUCGAGCAGUGAGAAUAAGCAUGCCCAUCUUCAUGAGUUUUUGAGGUCAGGUGAUACGAUAAAACUUACAUUACAUGCGACCUCUGUCAAGUUAUCUUCUUAUCGAGCAUGGCCUAACAUGCAUGACAAUCGGUUUGCCCUUUACAAGUUGCCCAUGAGGGUCCCAACGGUUGACCAUGAGUAUGCUGGUUUAUGGGGAGGCACUUUUGGUUGGCCUCCUGGGAGGCCUACGAAAGACAAGCCUGGAAAGGCACUCUUCUUUCUUCUGCUUUCUUAUGAGGAGUCCGAAGGGCAACGGCAUCUUAUUGCGACCAAAAUAUUGGAAGGCACCCAUUAUGUUCUGCAUCCUAAUGGCUCAGCAAUGUUUAUAGUUAAUAUGGAUGAACCGUCAUUUGAUGCAUUUCCAUGUGAUAGUGAUGCAGAUUCUCUUCCUGUGAACAUAAAUCAUGCUUUUACGGGAGAGGGUAUUGCAAAUGGUUAUGGAUUCAGAUAUCCUGGCGCCAAGCCUGGUUCCCUCUUUGCAUUUCAAAAUGGUCUCCUUGCUUUCAUUUGGAAAGAAUCCAGGGUAGUCUUGACCUUGCAGAGACUUAACUUGCAAGAGCUGCUGAAGAAAGGUGUACGAGUGCCUGCACUACCUCCAAUUGCCAACUUUUCAUACUUGACUAGGUCAUACUCGAAUGUGUUUGCGGGCUUAUCAAACACCUCAACUUGUCUGUCUUCACCAAGGUCCUCAGCCAACUGAUAUUUUGUCCAUCCUUCCUAGGAGGUUUCAUUUUGGAUAUAAUAAGCAAAUGGAUUCUUGAUAAAUUCAAGUAAGCUUUCUGGAAUCUGAGACAUAUCUGCUACUUAGGGAGUUGUUGAAGCAGAACUUUUCUUCCCAAUCUGAUUGAUGCUACACUGAUAAUAUGAGUGUGAUAUUAUUUCUUUUAUUCUCAAGUCACCAACUGAAUGAGCUUUUGAGGUGUGGUACCAUGUUUAUCUUUGACAGGCAAAAACACUUCAAAGUCAGAUAUAGGCAUUUGAAUUACGGUUAAAAGAUUUAAUGAAAUGUUGUGCUGCCAUCGUUCUGAUUCGUCUUAUAGUUACAUAAAAUUGCAAAUUCCCCGGCUGCUUUGAUGGUUCAAUGACUUCGGGUUUCAUCUAUCCGGCCAAUCAUUUAAUGCUCCUAGUUGCUGCUAAGUUCAGAUGGAUGCAAUCUUCUGUUGCAUGUGAAAUGAAGCGUUAAGCGAGUUUAGAUUGCAGAUUGUUUAGAUGACAAUAAGAGGCUGGUUAAAAGUACAUCACCCAGUUUUCUAAUUGCAUGUCGCAGCGAGGGGAACCUGGUAAAGUUCUUCGUGCACUAAAAAACAGAACCGUCCUCUGUUUUUCAAUUUUUCUCGUACAUUAUGUUUGGGGGUAUAUAUAUAUAUAUAUAUAGGAAAUGAAUGAAUUAAGAUGGAGUGGGAUAGAAAGUAUUGUCAUGUUUUCCUUUCAAUUUAUUUCGUAGUUUAUUAAGGAAUGAAAAAGAAAGAAACUUGUAAUUUGACGA